CAAAAGUGAAGGACAAAGUAGUAAAUUGCGGAGAUAAAACCCUAGCCAGCCCUAAACUCCUCUCAUUUAAGCUCCCCUUUGUCACUCCACCGCUGCUCUCGACCUCCUUCACUUCGCCAUGGCAUCAGAGAAGAAGCUGUCGAACCCAAUGAGGGAGAUUAAAGUUCAAAAACUUGUCCUCAACAUUUCCGUCGGUGAAAGCGGUGAUCGUCUCACGCGUGCCGCCAAGGUCUUGGAACAACUCAGUGGCCAAACCCCUGUCUUCUCCAAGGCUAGGUACACUGUGAGAUCUUUUGGCAUCAGGCGCAAUGAAAAGAUUGCUUGCUACGUGACGGAGGGAGAGAAGGCUAUGCAGCUUCUGGAGAGCGGUUUGAAGGUAAAGGAGUAUGAGCUUUUGAGGAGGAACUUCAGUGAUACUGGAUGCUUUGGAUUCGGUAUCCAGGAGCACAUUGAUCUUGGUAUCAAGUAUGACCCUUCAACUGGUAUCUAUGGUAUGGACUUCUAUGUUGUUCUGGAGCGAGCUGGCUACCGUGUGGGUCGCCGUCGCAGAUGCAAGUCACGUGUUGGUAUUCAACACAGAGUUACCAAGGAGGAUGCCAUGAAGUGGUUCCAGGUCAAAUAUGAAGGUGUCAUCCUUAACAAGUCCCAAAAUAUUGGAGCUUAGGAAUCUCAGUUACAAGCUUAGUUGAGUUUUUGAGUUUUGCUACUUGAUUUUGACUCCUUUCUGUGUAUCAGUUUUUGUUUUCCUGAAGAUAUUCGUAUUUGAGUUUAAAAUCCUAAAUACUCUUUCUGUUUGUUUGUUUAGUUAAUUAAUAUAAAUGCAUUUGGAAAA